AUGGUUAGCUGGCAGAAUCGAGGGAUGGGUUUUUCAUCAGCAUGGAGUACUGAAACUGGAGAUCAUGAUGAUGUCCCUGAAGCUGAAAUACGAAUUGAAACAGAUAACAUUAACCUGCAAGGGGACUCAAAAUUAUCAAUUCCUGACCAAGCUCAUCUUGAUGCUCAACCUCAACCAAGUACCAGCCCAAUACUUAGUCGGAGAAGAAGACCAGCCCUUGCAUCCUCUCUUGCCACAUCAUCUGAUUCAGGCCAAAGAACAAAGGUGGUUUCAAGAAUGGCUCAAGAAUGGAUCCAACAUUUUGGAAUAGCUGAUGAGGGAAUUCCUUCACAGGAGAUCAUUGACAGCCCUCUUCAUAGUCAGACUGACCAAGAAUCUGUAACAGCUGACAUUGAUCUUAGCCCAAGCCAGUCAUCUAUAAGAAUGCAGCAUGAUGUCCAAAGUGAGCUCAUCUGUGAGAAUGACAACCUGGAUCUGCUCUUCACACAAGCAUCUAAAUAUAAGUGCGAUGAGGAAAUUGGCUUACCAGUUCUUAAUGCAAUCAUUGAAGUCAGCUGUUCACAGGAAGAUGCUCUUAACUCUCCCAAGGAGACAUUGAAGGAGAGUCUGUUGAAACUUGGGUGCCAAACUCACCUGCUAAGCCGCACAGGGAAAUGUCUGACAGUGUCUUCAGAAGCUGGGAACCAAUGUCACCUCUUGAUUCUGGCCACAAAGUCCAAUGACAAUGGAGAAACUUUGUGCUUUGGACUGCCCACUGUAGAGAAGCCAGAAAUACCUAGUCAUGUGGUCCUCCUCAGUUGUUUUCGUGUUCAUGCAAUUUCACUCACCCCUGGAUUUCUCUGCACAAUCAGGGAGGAAGUGGUGGUGGAAAUGCCAGAGGGAUCACUCACUCUCAUCUCUCCUUUGGGAGGCUGUGAAGUAGAAAAGUUCACUGAUAACCAAGUCAUGGAUUUCCUCCUCAACAAAAAGCCUCUUUCUACAUCCUCAGAAUCAGUGUAUAAGAGGAUUAUUCUGAAGACCUUCUCAGCUGUGACUCGAACAGAAAGAUACAGAGGCCUUUUCACCACUCACUCAAAUGCAGAGCGACCUGAUGACCUUGAUGACUGGAAGGAACGCAUUCAUAAGAUCAUCAUGGAUCAAGAGUCACGAUGGAAUGACCCAUAUUCGAAAGCUAUCCUCAAGAGGAUGCCCUAA